CAAAAAAUGGAGCUUUCUUUCUCACUGAAACUGUGAUUUCUUCUCCAUUAUCGAAUUCUUAAAUGCGGCUGCCGGCGUCACGCAUGACGCUAGCAAUUACUCAUUGUCUGUCAUUUGGGCCCCUCUCUUUACAAGUUCUUCUUUUCCCACUUCUUUCUGCAAACUAUAUAUAACGAACCCUGCGUGACACUCUCUCUGUGGACUCCCAUACACAUGAUUAAUCCUCUUCAAGGUUUAAUCCUACCUUGAAGCAGCACAAGGUGGUGAUUAAAGAUGGGUUCUGAACUAUUGAAUUGGUAUUGCCGGCCAGUUGCUAAUGGUGUCUGGACAAAAAAGGCUGAUAGUUCUUUUGGUGCAUACACACCUUGUGCAGUUGAUUCCCUGGUGAUUUCCAUUUCUCAUCUGGUUCUUUUUGGGCUCUGCUUAUACCGGAUAUGGCUGAUUAAGAAGAAUGCCAAAGCCAGAAGGUUCUGUUUGAGAUCAAAUUGGUAUAAUUAUGUGUUGGGAUUAUUGGCUGGUUAUUGUGUUGCUGAGCCUCUUUCAAGGUUGAUCAUGAGUAUUUCAAUCUUUAAUUUGGAUGGAGGGACUGGGCUUGCUCCCUUUGAGGCAACUUCUUUGAUCAUUGAAGCUCUUGCUUGGAGCUGCAUGGUCAUUAUGAUUGGACUGGAAACUAAAAUUUACAUCAGAGAGUUUCGCUGGUAUGUGCGGUUUGGAGUUGUUUACGGUUUGGUUGGGGAUGCUGCACUGCUCAAUGCUGUUCUUCCAAUGAGGGAUUUGUAUAAUGGAUCUGCCCUAUAUUUGUACAUCAGCAUGGUUUUAUGUGAGGUUUUAUUUGGGUUCCUUCUGCUGGUUUAUGUUCCUAAUCUAAAUCCUUAUCCUGGUUACAUUACCAUGCAAAGUGAAUCUCUUGACAAUGUUGAAUAUAAAGCACUUCCUGAAGGAGAUCAAAUUUGUCCUGAGAGGCAGGCCAGUAUAUUUUCUAGAAUAUAUUUUGGAUGGAUCACGGCACUGAUGCAGAUAGGAUAUAGAAGACCUAUAACUGAAAAGGAUGUCUGGAAGUUAGACACAUGGGAUCAGACAGAAACACUGACGAAGAAGUUCACAAAGAAGUUAGGCUGAAGAAACUCAGAAAAAGAAGCCCUGGCUUUUAAGGGCACUGAAUAAUAGCCUAGGGGGAAGGUUUUGGUUGGGAGGCUUGUUCAAGAUCAGUAACAACCUUUCUCAGUUUGUGGGGCCACUGUUGUUGAACCAACUCUUACAGUCAAUGGAACAAGGUGACCCUGCUUGGAUUGGCUAUAUUUAUUCCUUCUUAAUUUUUGUUGGUGUGUCAUGUGGCGUGUUAUGUGAAGCCCAAUAUUUUCAAAAUGUCUUUCGUGUUGGUUUCCGUCUGCGUUCAACUUUGGUAAACUUCUUCCUCCAUCUCACAAAAACUUAGACCUGUGUGGAGCUUGUUUCAAUCAACAGGCUCAACCUCA